GCAGCACGUUAUUCGGAUAGGCCCCACCAAUAGAUAUCAUCACACUAUAUUAUUCAUAUUCUAUGAUUUCUUUCCCUUCCCAAAACUGUCCUUUUUCUAACCGUCCGAUCUUCGCUAGUUUUCUAUAUUUAACGUUCUUCUUUCUCCCUCCCGUUUCCGUAACCGUCCGCCACCACCUUCCCUCGAUUACCAGCCAAGAUAUAACAAAAAAGCAUGGGCGUCGAUUAUUACAAUAUUCUUAAAGUGAACCGCCACGCCACCGACGACGAUCUCAAAAAGGCUUACAAAAGGCUGGCCAUGAUUUGGCACCCCGACAAGAACCCUUCUUACAAACGACCUGAAGCCGAAGCCAAAUUCAAGCUUAUUUCCGAAGCUUACGAUGUUUUAUCUGAUCAGCAGAAACGACAGAUCUACGAUCUUUACGGCGAGGAGGCUCUUAAAUCCGGACAAUUCCGGCCUUCUUCUUCGCCUAACCAAUCUUACGCUUCCACCUCGUCGUCGUAUCCGCGCGGAGCUGGCCAUUACUAUAAUAAUAAUAAUAAUAAUAAUAAUCAGAGGCAGCAGCAACCUAAUACGGGGUCUUUCCGGUUUAAUCUGAGGGACGCGGAUGAUAUAUACGAAGAGCUGUUUGGGGCGGAAGCGAAUGGGGGAGGAGGGGGUGGAAGGGGAAAUAGAGGGUUUAGUGAAGGGUAUUUUAGGAAUAGUAAUGGUUACGGGAGUAGUAGCAGUACUAGUAAUGGAGAAAUGAGGAAAGCGGCUGCUGUGGAAAAUGUGUUGCCUUGUAGCCUGGAAGAGCUAUAUAAAGGUGCCAAGAAGAAAAUGAGGAUUUCCAGGACUGUUUUUGACCCUUUCACCUCAGGUAAGUUUAGGACUGUGGAGGAGAUAUUGACUAUUGAAAUAAAACCUGGUUGGAAGAGGGGCACCAAGAUCACAUUCCCUGAGAAGGGUAACGAGGAGCCUGGUAUAAUUCCUGCUGAUGUUAUUUUUGUGAUAGAGGAGAAGCCACAUGCUCUUUAUAAGAGGGAUGGUAAUGAUUUGGUCGUCAAUCAGGAGAUUACAUUGCUGGAGGCCCUCACUGGUAAGACUCUCGACCUGAUUACCCUAGAUGGGAGGAACCUCAUGAUCCCACUAACUGAUAUCAUCAAGCCUGGUACUGAGGUUGUGGUUCAAAACGAAGGAAUGCCUAUCUCGAAAGAAACUGGGAGGAAGGGUAAUUUGAGGGUCAAGUUAGAUGUCAAAUACCCAUCCAGGCUAACCACAGAACAGAAAUCUGAGCUAAGGAGAGUUUUGGGCAGUGUUUCGUAGUGCUUUUAAUAGUAGUAGGUCUUGAACUUUUCGUUGCAUGUAAAUAGUGUAUAUAGUUGUAGAAUGUGAAGGCUUGGAAGUUUUUGGGUUUUCCAUUUUGCCUUGGAGGAGCUGAGAAUUGGCUAGCCAUUACAAUCAACCAUUUGGAAAUCUGAUGGUAAUAGGUUUCAUUCUAACUGGAAGCAGUUGGGUUUUCCCCGUAUUUUUUGGGCUAAACAGGUAAUUAGCCCUGAUCUUUUAUUUAUAUAUAUAUAU